GGAAGGUUUGAGUGCGGAGGGGUGUGGAAUGGAAUAGGUUUGUUGCUACACCAUUCCCUUUGGCCAUUCUCCAAAGAUGACAAAGUGCUGUCGGAUGAAGAGAUAAGGCUAUCGUCCCACAUGGUCUUAAUAGAACCAAGAGGAUACAUGAGUAGAUGGGUUUGUUGGAGCAGGAUCCACAUUGCCAGAACUGGAUGCAGGGAGGAGGGGGAAGAGGGAGAACGCUCAUUCCAGAGGAUGCCAGGAUGUCUCCUCUCUGAUUGGCUGACCACAGCUCAAUGGCUGGCGGAAGCAGCAGCAAAGCUUUUAGUCUGUCUUGAUGGAGCUGAAAGAGCAGAAUCCAGAUCACAGGUACGUGUGACAAUGCUGCAGCUAUGAGUGGAAUUUUAAUGAGGAAGUUUGAAGAAACCGGUGGCACCUCAAUCUUCUCUGCGCAGGAAUCAGAGGAUGACGAUUCUAGCGGCAAAAGCGCUGACAGUGGUGAUAAUGUCAGUCUAUCCACUUCAAAUCAUGUUAUCUGUACAUGUGACAGUAUUGCAGCUAUGAGUGGAAUUUUAAAGAGGAAGUUUGACGAAGUGGAUGGUUCCUCACCCUGCUCUUCUGUGCGGGAGUCGGAUGAGGAUGUCUCUAGCAGCGAAAGUGCUGACAGUGGUGACAGUGUUAACCCAUCUACAUCAAAUCAUAUUACCCCAUCUUCGAUCUUGAAGCGAGAGAAACGAAAGAGGACGAAAAAUGUCCACUUCAACUGCGUCACAGUGUACUACUUUGCAAGAAGGCAAGGAUUCACGAGCGUCCCCAGCCAAGGAGGCAGCACCCUGGGUAUGUCUACCCGUCACAACAGCGUACGGCAGUACACUCUCGGGGAGUUUGCCAUGGAACAGGAAAGGCUUCAUCGAGAGAUGUUAAGAGAGCACCUAAGGGAGGAAAAACUGAACUCAUUAAAACUCAAGAUGACUAAAAAUGGCACCGUGGAAUCGGAGGAAGCCAACACUUUGACCCUGGAUGACAUUUCUGAUGACGAUAUAGACCUUGACAACACAGAAGUGGACGAGUAUUUCUUCCUCCAGCCUCUGCCCACGAAAAAGCGGAGGGCACUCUUGCGAGCCUCAGGUGUCAAGAAGAUUGAUGUGGAAGAAAAACAUGAGCUGCGAGCCAUCCGCCUUUCAAGGGAAGAUUGCGGUUGUGACUGCCGAGUCUUCUGUGACCCAGAAACCUGUACUUGCAGUCUUGCUGGCAUAAAAUGCCAGGUGGAUCGUAUGUCUUUCCCUUGUGGUUGCACUAAAGAAGGGUGUAGCAACACAGCAGGUAGAAUUGAAUUUAACCCCAUCCGUGUUCGGACUCACUUUUUGCACACUAUAAUGAAACUUGAAUUAGAGAAAAACCGAGAGCAGCAAGUCCCUGCACUGAAUGGUUGUCAUGGCGACAUAAGUGCUCACGGUAGUUCAAUGGGCCCUUCACCCCACCCGCUCGAAUAUUCGGUCCCGGACAACUUUGAGCUCGAAACAGAACCUCGGACUGCAGUGAUGCAUUUACAGACAGCAGAUGAGUUGGACUGCCCAGGGGAGGAGGAGGAAGAGGAGGAGGAGGAGGAAGAGGAAGAUGCAAGUAGCUUCUGCAGUGGGGUUACAGAUUCCAGCACCCAGAGUUUAGCGCCUAGUGAAACAGAUGAAGAUGAGGAGGAAGAGGACGAUGAUGAGGAUGAUGAAGAAGGCAAAGUCGAUGAAUUUGUGGAAGGGUUGGGUGCCCAUGCAGACAUGGUACAAGCUUUGCCUUCUGUCCUUUGCUAUUCUGACAGCGCUGCCAUGCACGAAAACCAUUCAAAGGCUUCCUCCUACUACACCAGCUCUUCAGCGCUUUAUUACCAAAUAGAGAACCAUGGCCCUGGCACUCCUAACCAGAUUCAUGAGACUUAUUCUGAAAGAGACACUGUCAAGAAUGGGAAUCUUGCUCUGGUGCCUUAUAAUACAGCUUCGGAACAGUUUAUUGACUAUUCACGGCAAUCAGAGGAAAGUUACGGGAGCUCCCUGUAUCCGUCUUCAAGUCCCUCCGUCAUAGUUUGCUGCUCUUCAUCAGAAAGCGAUAAUGCUGUUCCAUGUAGCAGUUUAUAUUCGGAUCAUAGGCCAAGACACACGCAAGUGGACUUUCCCUCAUAUUUAAAAGGCCCCUCUCAAGAUGGAUUUGUUUCCACAUUGAAUGGUGGCAGCCACCUGCCAGAUCAUCCUGCUGAAAAUUCUCUAAGCCUUUCAGAAAAGAGCAGACUGCACGAAGAGUGUAUCAAAUCACCUGUCAUGGAAACGGUACCUGUUUAAAUUAUUUUUAAGGACUAAAUCCCUUUAUUUAAAUGCACUCUGUUUUAAUUGGAUUUCCUUUUUUUUUUUCUUCUUAGCAGCGGAUUUAAGCAAAUAGGACUACGGUUCAUGUUUUGAUUUUUUUCUUUCUUUCAAGUUAUACCGGCUAUGCCAUUGCGCGCACACAAAAAAAGAACAGUUCAUGUAAAAAGUAAAAUUUGAAAGUGAAAACAAAUCAAAUAGUCUUUUGAUAGAAAAUACUUAGAUUAAAAAACAAAAAAAAAAUGGCAGCCGACCUGUCAAACGAUAGGAAGCUGAGGUCCCUGACUCAAAGCUCUCCAUUUUGUCUGUGGAAAAUACACUUUGGAAUCUUCAUGCUUAGAGUACUAAAUUUUCACACCUGUUUGAAGACAACGGUGGCUUUUUAAAUGUAGAAGUGAUUACUGUACAAAAAAAACCAUUGAAUUGUUCUGUAAUGUAUAAUUUAUUGUAGCUUAGUACUUACGUCUUGGUAAGAAACAGACGGCAUGUUCGUUGGAGUCGAGCAUUUGAGCAGAACAGCCUAGCCACUUAUAGUUUUAUUGUGCAAAUGAUAUAUGUCUUUUGUAACAUCUACAGC